AUGAAGCUGGUGGUCGAGGUCGUCGGCGCGCUCGACCUGCCGGCGAGGCACGGCCGCGUGACCCCGUUCGUGCAGAUCGCGUUCGGCAGCCAGCGCCACGCGACCGGCGUGAGGCCCGGCGAGGCCAACCCGACGUGGAACGAGACGGUCGUGUUCGUAGUCGACGCGAUCUCCGGCCGGCUCUCGGACCGUUCCAUCGACGUCGGGGUCUACCACCGGCGCAGCUCCGGCCGCAAGAGCUGCCUCGGUCGCGUCCGCCUGUUUGGCGCGGCCGUCGCGCCGUUCGCCCAGGAGGCCGUGCUCCUACGCUGCCCACUCGACAAGCCCAGCUUCUUCGCCCCGGCGCGCGGCGAGGUCGCGCUCCGCCUCUACCUGGCGCCGUACGGCGCGUCGGCCACUCCCACCGCUGCCGCCACAGCUGGCAAUGCCUACUCUACCACGUAUGCCACAACGUACAACGACACCGCCUCCAUGGCCGGCGGCCCAGAGACAGUCGUCGGAGGCGCGAGCACGCACUCAUCUCCUGCAAUGGUGAUCAAGAAGAAAAAGAAGAGGAAAGAAACGGUGCAAGAGCCGCCGGUGCAUGUCUUCAACGCCAUCCUCACGCAGUCCAGCACAGGGUCACUGAUCUUCCCGCCACCGCUGUUAGAUAAUCCCGUGCAUGAUCUUGCAUAG